CCUGUGCUGCCGUCUCACAGGCUGCCCAGCAAGCCCAGGUCCUCACUGAGCCAUCCUGCCUGCAGUGGUCCUGCCUGCAGUGAACCCUCACUAAGAUCGUCCCCCCCACAAAGCUUGUCUUGUCUCUCGGUCGCAGCCUGCAUCCUCCAGACACACGCGUCUGCUGUGUCUCGAGGCCCACGUUCGACUGCACUGUGCCAGCCUCUUCCGAUGAGCAAGCUUUCGGCAGCCUCAGCCUCAGCCUCCUAGCCCCAUCGGGUUUGUCACCGUAUCCUGACACUACGGAUUCUGCCAAAGUCCUGAUACCAUGCUAGUAUGGCCCUCGUCGCCAACAUGUCGUCUCAUCAGAUUCCCUCUCAAGGCCGGACGGCUGCUGGGAAUCAGAUGCCUCAGUGGCACAGCAAGUAGAUUCACGACACCUCUCACCGACCACUUCCAAGUCCCCUGCGCGUCGGCUGGCCAUGUCAUCGUCAGCCUUCACAAUGUAAUGAAACACCCCGUCUCAACUCCUCUCAUCAUCAACUUGCCGCCACUUCCAGUCCACGACAUCAAUGAUGUGGAAUCCUACCUGCCCAGAUUCCUCCAUCGCUUCCCCAGCGCUACCAUCCACUAUCGCUGGGCCAGUUCCCUCGAGACUCACGCAUCACAAACCAAGGACAAUGAGUCUGCCACUGAAGCCGAGCCGGCUGAGCUGUUGUCCCGGCCAACCCCUCUCCACUGGCCCACGCCCAUUCAUGAUACGCUAUUUGCGUAUGACUUCCUCAUUCGACAUCUUUCUCCACCUCCCGACCAGUCCACAGGCACCGUGUUGCGGCGUCGCCCUGUCUAUGUCUACGGCUCACAUCUGGGUGCCAGCUUGGCCGCCUCCCUUGCCCUGACCGAGUCUCACACGCACCAGCCUGUGGCCAUACGGGGUCUGCUCGCCUUCAAUGGCAUCUUCAACUGGACCACUCUCCUCCCGGGCCACCCCAACAAGAAGCGCAUGCUGGAUGAGAUGCCUAACAUGGACAGCCUGGGCGAGCAUGAAAAGGACGUCAGUUUCGCAAAACAGCUGAUGCCGUCACACUUUGACCAGCCCGCCAACCUCUUCGACCCCUUCGCGAGCCCCGUACUGUUCUUCCACACAGCGGGAAUGCUGGUCCCCACCGAUUUCGCAGAGCGGUCAUCAACACCAGACAUGUCCGAGGGGUUCCUCGACUACUCCGGCGCCGAUGACCCCUACGACCAGGCAUACGUGUACUCGGACCCAGAGGACCCCCCGCCACCAACAGCACACGAAGACGUGGAGAUGGACACGGGGACCGAGGACACAAACACAGACACCAGCUCCUCGGCCGACACCCUCGCCCAGGCCGUCCUCAAGCCCCCGCGGCGGGGCUACGUGACCUUCCCGCCGCGCGCGUCAUCCCUCAAGAUCCCCGAGACCCUGCUCAUGCACACCACGCCCCCGCCGGGCCCGGGCGUCCCGGCCUCGGUCCAGGGCCAGAGGCAGCGCCUGGCGAUGUGGAAGCGGCUCAGCGCGGCCGAGAACAGCUUCGGCACCCAGGCGCUGGGGCUGGCCCGGCUCAUGCGCCGGAGCGUGAACCUCUAUGAGCUGCGGGAGCGCGCCAAGUGGGACAUCGAGUUUACCGCCUGGGACACCGAGGCCCUCAGGAGGGUGCAGGUCCAGGAUGUCGGGCCGGCCGGGCAGGGAGGGCCGCAUGAGUCCGGGCUAGGCCAGCAGGGCGAGGAGAUUGCCGCCCGCUGGCUGGCGAGCAGAUUGGGCUGAUCUAGGAGACUGCGUGUGUUGGAGUGUUGACGUUAAAGAGAUCCAUCCAUAUAUUUGUAAAACUGUACAUAAUCCAGCGAUACGUGGGAAAUUCAAGCCUUGCCAACCAAG